AUGUUGAGAUCAAUGAUUCAGAGCCAGGCUCGUAGUUUUUCUUCGUCGGCCUCGAGAAGCGCAUUUGCGAAAAUGAACCUUUUAGGUACUGUUGGAAGUGUUUCGAGCAGAGAAACCAAAGACGGAUUGCAAUUUAUCAAUUAUUCGUUGGCAGUCAACAGAUUCAACCCUAAUGAAAGCGACGGAAAGAGUACAGACUGGUAUAACAUUUCUGUGUUCAACGAACGUCACAUCAGUUUUUUUAACAACUAUUUGAAGCCGGGAAUGCAAUUAUAUGUCGAAUGCGACGUCAGACAAAGACAACUCAGUGAUGAAAAUGGUGAGCAUAAGCAUACUGUUACUUCAUUGAAGCAAAUCAGUUACGAUGUUGUUAGAUUUGCCAAGAAGACCGAAGAAGAGUCUGAAGAGUAG